AUGGCCUCACCCUCACCCACGCGCUUUACCUAUCCCUUCGCCACCUCGCCGGACAUAAUCCGCUCGCACCAGAAAGACGCCUACUUCUCCGGCGUGCUUCUCGACCAGCUUUCCACGCUGCUGCGCAAGAUCUACGGCGCCCGGUUCGCGCACACAUACCUAUCCGAGACGCGCGUUGUCGGCGAGCUGCUCUACCUCGGCCUCACGACUGCGAUUGGGAAUCGGACGCUGGGCGAAGAGUACUGCGACAUCGUGCAAGUGGAGAACGAGAGUGGCAGGUUGCCGGCCCUGGGCAGACGGGCGGGAUACAUCCUGAGCUGUAUACUGGGGCCGUACCUGCUGGGCAAGGUGCUGCCGAAGCUGAGGAGGAGACUGAGGGCGAAGCUCGAGGCGAAUCUGAGGAGGUAUGGACGCCUGCACGCGAAAGCGCAGCAGGAGAGUGGGAAGGCGAGCAGGCCGCUGGGGAUGAGGAUGCAGAGCUACAUGCUCGAGAACCUGGACACCAUCACCAGCCCGUCACCCGUAUAUGCGCUGAGUCUGGCGACCUUCUACUUCUCGGGGAGCUACUACCAUCUAUCGAAGCGGAUAUGGGGCCUGCGGUACAUCUUCACCCGGCAGGUGCAAGAGACCGACGCACGCGUCGGGUACGAAGUCCUCGGCGUACUGCUCGUGCUGCAGAUGGCAGUGCAGGGCUACCUACACCUGCACAGCACUAUGACGAGCGCGGACAGCAGCACCGCCCUGCCCGUGGGGACCUCCGCUGUCGUCGGCGGCGGCGCCGAAAUCUCCCUCGACCCAAACGCAUACAGCGCCAACAACGCGCUGCUCUUUGACGCCUCGACCCCGCCUCUGGCUACCUCGUCAGACCUGCACAAAUGGACACACACCCCUGCGAACGGCAAGCCAAAGUACGUGCUCGACGAUGCAGAGACCAUGGCCUGGAUAGGAGGCGGGAACAGGAAGUGCACGUUAUGCUUGGAGGAGAUGAAGGAUCCCAGCGUCACGACGUGUGGGCACGUCUUCUGCUGGACCUGCAUUAGUGACUGGGCGAAGGAGAAGCCGGAGUGUCCGCUGUGCAGGCAGAGCUGCUUGGUGCAGCAUGUCCUGCCGCUGAGAGGAUGA